AUGUAUCAUUCAGUUGUUUGUAUCUUUUUGCUCCUAUUUCUUCAGCUUGCCUUUGCUCAAUCGGACCCCAAUCUCGACUACGAUCCUCCGGAGCCGUAUGUUACUCAUCCUGUAAACUACACUGGUGACUUUGAAACCUUACACAAUGAGCUGGAACGACCUUUGAAUGGGACAGUACGAGAAUACUACAUUGCAGCCGAAGACGUGAUCUGGGACUAUGCUCAACAUGCUGGCAAUGUUGCCGAGAAUCAAGCUGUGCAUUUCUGGAUAGCCAGUGGAUCCACCAGUAUUGGCAGUCGAUAUUAUAAGGCGAUCUAUCGAGAAUACACGGAUGCAACCUAUUCGACAGCAACACCUCGUCCCCAAUGGCAAGGUCUUUUAGGCCCUGUGCUUCGUGCUGAAGUCGGCGAUACCAUAAAGGUGCACUUUUACAACAAAGCAUCUCACAAGUUUUCUAUCCAUCCUCAUGGUGUCUUUUACGAGUUUGAAAUGGAAGGCGCUGUAUACAAGGAUGCAACAGAAUUCUCAUCAGUAGCACCAGGUGGCAACUACACCUAUACUUGGCAAGUUUAUCCACGAGCUGGUCCUGGUCCCAAUGAUGGCGACUCCAUUGUGUGGGGAUAUCACUCCCAUGUUUCUGAAAAUGACAUAUAUGCUGGUCUUUUUGGACCCAUUGUGAUAUAUAAACCUGGUAUGAUGGAUCAGGAACACAUUAGCAGGGAGAUCAUCACGGCUAUUCUUGGAUUCAAUGAAAACGUUUCACCUUAUCUACCACAAACCUUGGCCGAGCUUGCUCCACAGAUUGACUUUGGCGCCGUGAAAUCCAAUCGAUCCGCACAUACCUUGUUCCGACGCGCCAAUAUCAAGCAAUCUGUCAAUGGAUUGAUUACAAGUCGUCCCAAUGAUUUGGUGUUACAAACCGAUACCAUUUAUCAGUGGCAUGUAUUAGGCUGGGGCUCCGUCAAGGAUUUGCAUACCAUCACGUGGCAACAAGGCGAAGUAACAUUGUACGAUCAACCUGUCAGACAAGUACGCUUGAUGCCAGCAUCAUUUCGCACAUUACAAAUCAAGGUCGAUGAACCAGGAUCAUGGCAGUUUGGUUAUCUAUACGGGGAAUCGGCCAUCGAAGGCAUGAUCAUGUGGUACAAUGUGAUAGAUCGAUAUCAACAAGAGAAGUAG